AUGAACACAUCAAUGUUUGAUUUAGUUUCUGUUCAAUUUUGGAAAUGACUUUAAGUCAAUCAAACAAUCAAAAAAAGUGAACUUUGUAAUUGAUUGUUUUUCAAUAACAAUUAAAAGAUGAUUGUGAACAAGGUGCUUCAGUUUAAUUAAUUCGUAAAGAAUUAAAUGAUUAACACGAUUUUCGGCAUUUCUUACAUCAUAAAUUUCAACCGAUUCAUUGACAAUCAUCAACAAUCAACUUUCUUAGAAGACUGUGUAUUCUUGCAAUUAAUUCAUUGAUCGAAUCAAGUUAAUCAAUUAAAUCAGGAGAGAGAGAGAGAGAGUAGAAUGAUUUCUCUCUCAUCUGUAGUUUUUUCCUUAUAAUCUACUAAAUUGUUAUGUCAUUAACUAUCUCUUCACAAUCAUCAGAACUUUCAUCAAUUAUAAUCAUCUUUGCCUCAUUCACAAUUUACUAAUCAUCCAACUCUGUUACCAACAACAUCAAAGUCAUUUAAUUGUCAACUCUUGUGAAUAACUGAUUGACCACAAUGGUGAAAAAGAUCUGUGUGAUCGGCGCUGGAGCCUCGGGCUUAGCUGGAAUUAAGGUUUGUCUUGAAGAAGGAUUCGAAGUGACUUGUUACGAACAAUCAAAUUUCGUCGGUGGUUUAUGGAAGUAUCGAGAUGACGACGAAGAUGGUUUGGCCUCAGUGGCUCGAACCACAAUCAUCAAUUCAUCAAAGGAAAUGUCAGCCUACUCUGAUUUCCCACCGCCGCCCGAAGUUGCCAACUACAUGCACAACACAGCCAUGCAUGCUUAUUUUGAAUCUUAUGCUGAUCAUUUCAAUUUAAAAGUUCACAUUCAAUUUAAACACAAAGUGAUCAAGGUUGAACAAUCAUCUGAAAAGACUGGUCAGUGGAUGGUCACUACCCUUAAUUUAGAUACAAACAAAGAGUCAUCAUCAAUUUUUGAUGGUGUCUUGGUUUGUACGGGUCAUCAUGUUAAACCUUUGGUGCCCAAAUUCAGAGGACAAGAAAAAUUCAAAGGGAAAAUCAUUCAUACUCAUUCAUAUAAAAAGCCUCAACCCUUUGAAGAUGAACGAGUUGUCGUGGUGGGAAUCGGUAAUUCUGGUGGAGAUGCUGCCGUUGAAUUGUCAAUGUUUGCGAAGAAGGUCUAUCUUGCCAUUCGUAGAGGUAGUUGGGUUUUAUGGAGAGUCGGAACUAAAGGUCAACCCAUGGAUUCUCAAUUUAUACGAAGAUUUUACUCUCUACUUAAUUAUUACGCGGGUUACAAACUGGCCUCACGAUUGUUAGAGUAUUUAGCUAAUCUUCGCUUUGACCAUGAAACUUUUCAUCUUAAACCAGAACAUUGUGCCUUCGGUCAACAUCCAACGGUCAAUGAUACCUUGAGUAAUCGCAUCAUUUCCGGAACCGUUAUUGCCAAGAAUAAUAUCAAAGAGUUUACAGAAAAUGGAGUUAUCUUUGAAGAAGAUGAUAACAAGGAAACUCCGAUCGAUUCUGUUGUUUUGGCCACAGGCUAUGAGAUUUCAUUCCCUUUUCUUGAUAAAUCAUUGGUUUGGUCGACCAACGAUAAAAUUGAUCUGUUUAAAUCCACCUUCCAACCCCGAUUAACUCACCCUCACACUUUGGCGAUCAUUGGUUUAAUCCAACCUUUUGGACCAUUAAUACCAAUCAGUGAGAUGCAAUGUCGCUGGUUCGCUCAAUUAAUGGCCGGAAAACAAAAGUUACCAUCUCGAGAGGUGAUGGCGAAAGAUAUUGAGCAAAGACGCGCUGAACACGAAGAGCGUUACUAUUCUAGUCCAAGGCAUCAGAUUCAAGUCGAUUAUUCGACCUUCAUGGACGAAUUAGGUGAACAAUUUGGAGUUCGACCCAAUUUGACCAAACUGUUUUUCUCGGACCCUGUUCUUUGGUAUCACGUUUACUUCGGACCUUUGCUCCCUUAUCAUUUUCGAAUCCAUGGGACAAACUCUUGGUCAGGAGCUCGAAAGGCCAUUAUGACCGUCGAAGAUCGGAUUCAAGCUCCAUAUCGAACUCGAAAAUUGAAUCAAAUAUCCAAUACAAAAAAGAGCAAUUUUAACUUGAUUGGUCUAAUUGUCUUGUUUUGUGCUAUUUUUUUCUGUUUCUUUUAAAUUGUCAUCUACUUUAAUGAUAAAUUGCUCAACAGAUCCUUUAAUUUGUAUAAUUUUCACUAAUCAACACUUAAUUGUUACCCUUUUAACAUUUUAAUCAACUUUCCUCAUCCCAUAUUCUUACAAUAUAAAGAGAGUAAUAUCUCCAAUCAAAUUAAGCUUUUAAUUGUAACAACUAAUAAACUAAAUUCUCAAAUUUUCCCAGUUAAUCAACAAUUUAAAAUUGUGUACAAUUAAUAAUAGAAUGAUUAACGAAAAAAGCAAUGGAAAUUAAUCCAGUUCGUUAAUCGGAAUAAUAAACAAUAUCAAUUCAUUAAAAUCCAUGAGAAACUUAAA